AUGGGUGCCGCCGACGAGAAGGGAGUCUACGACUCCAACUCCACCGAGACGCCCGCCCCCAACUACGGCGAUGUCAGCGAGCACCAGACCUCGUGGGCCACGCGCGUCGUCGACAGCUUCCGCCGCGACCCCAACGCCCACGCCACCGCCCCGACGUCGCACGGCGGCGACGACAAGAACUACGACCUCGAGAAUGCCGCUGCUGCCACUGCCGAGUCGCCUCUCGCCAGGAAGCUCAAGGGCCGUCACCUGCAGAUGAUUGCCAUCGGCGGUUCCAUCGGUACCGGUCUGUUCGUCGGCUCCGGAAAGGCCCUGGCCAACGGUGGCCCCGCCUCGCUGCUGAUCGCCUUCGGCCUGAUCGGCAUCAUGCUGUACUGCACCGUCCACGCUCUGGGUGAGAUGGCUGUUCUGUUCCCCGUCGCCGGCUCCUUCUCCGCCUACUCGACCCGCUUUGUCGACCCCGCCUGGGGUUUCGCCAUGGGCUGGAACUAUGCCCUGCAAUGGCUGAUCGUCCUGCCGCUCGAGAUCGUCGCCGCUUCCAUCACCGUCAACUUCUGGAACGAGGGCAAAAUCAACAACUCCGCCUGGGUCGCCAUCUUCCUCUUUGUCAUCGUGUGCAUCAACCUGUUUGGCGUCAAGGGUUACGGCGAGGCCGAGUUCGUCUUCUCCAUCAUCAAGGUCAUUGCCGUCAUUGGCUUCAUCAUCCUCGGCAUCAUCCUGAAUGUCGGCGGCGGUCCCAACGGCGGCUACAUUGGCGGCAAGUACUGGAAGGAUCCCGGUGCCUUCAGGAACGGCUUCAAGGGUCUCUGCAGCGUCUUCGUUACAGCUGCCUUCGCUUUCGCCGGCACUGAGCUGGUCGGUCUGGCCGCUGCCGAGACGGCGAACCCGCGCAAGUCGCUGCCCACUGCCGUCAAGCAGGUCUUCUGGCGCAUCACCCUCUUCUACAUCGUCUCCCUGACCCUAAUUGGUCUCCUUGUCCCCUACAACGACGAGCGUCUCCUGAACGGUAGCUCCUCGGCCGAUGCUGCUGCUUCGCCCUUCGUCAUUGCCAUCAACAACGCCGGUAUCGCCGUCCUGCCGUCCGUCAUGAACGUCGUCAUCAUGAUUGCCGUCCUGUCGGUCGGUAACUCGUCCGUCUAUGGUUCUUCCCGUACUCUUGCUGCCCUUGCCGAGCAGGGACAAGCUCCUCGCAUCUUCGGUUACAUUGAUCGGAAGGGCCGUCCUAUGGUUGGAAUCAUCCUCUCAUCCGUCCUUGGUUUGCUGGCUUUCCUCGCCGCCGACCCUGUGGCUGAGGACAAGGCCUUCACCUGGAUGCUUGCCAUUUCCGGUCUGUCGUCCAUCUUCACCUGGAUGUCCAUUUGCUUCUGCCACAUCCGCUUCCGCAAGGGUUGGAAGGUCCAGGGCCAUUCCCUGGACGAGCUUGCUUUCCGCAGCCAGCCCGGCGUCGUCGGCUCGUGGAUCGGUUUCAUCUUCAACAUCCUCGUCCUGAUCGCCCAGUUCUGGACUGGUUUUGCGCCCAUCGGCUAUGCCGACAUGACGACCGGGGAGCUCAUCGAGAACUUCUUCUCCGUCUACCUCGCCUUCCCCAUCGUCGUUGGCUUCUACGUCUUCUACAAGAUCUGGAAGCGCACCCCCAUUGUCCGCUCGCACAACAUGGACCUCCACACCGGUCGCCGUGACUUUGACGUCGCCGAGCUGAUCGCCCAGGAGAGGGCUGAGCAGGCUGAGUGGCCCAAGUGGAAGAAGGUGUACAAGUUUUUCUGCUGA